AUGCCUUUCAAGACUCUGCGACGUAGCCCCACGCAGUCGACCAGCUACGCAUCGAACGCAUGCACCAGCUCUUUGUCACCUCAAGAUCCGUCACCUAAAGUUCUGGUCGAGCAAGAGGAACUCUUGUUCCGCGUUCAUAAUGCCAGCUCGGCGGUGGCGCUCAAGCGCGCACUUACAGACCCGACUGACUCAUGGCACUCGGUUAAGCGUACGUCGUGUAUUCGUCUAGGCUCUCGGUCCAAAGACGAAAGCUUCGAGCUCUCUUCCCGUGCUAAAAUUGAGGGAUACGAAGUGCUGUCGGUGGGCGGCAUCGCCUGCAGUCCUCAAGAACUAGUGUCGGUGCUGUGUGCACGGGACGAGAGUGAGUACAAUGCCGCCAUGAAGGCACUGUACGGCAGUCAGUUCAUCUAUGGUUCGGUCGUGCAAAUGCUCGAAGGGAGACAGUCGCAAGGUGUGAUCCCUGACAGCCACCAAUUGGCAGUGCGGACUAGCUGCUUUACUCGUUCCAGGAUGCUGGCACGCAACGAGCAGUGGUGUUUCCUCGAGUACUUCCAGCCCACGACUGAUUCUCUUACGAACUCUAUGGGUGCUCCUGAUAUCUCCCAAGGGUUUUCCGUGUCUCUCGUGUCUCUAUCGGAGCACGAAUUGGCUGCUGGCAAAGCUACGGGGGGUCGUGUUGACCAGCUGGACGGUGUCACAGCAUUGCUGGUCGUCGACACUGUGCCUGCCGUCUCCAAAGAUCGGAGUGACGGUAACGGAACCAAGCUGCGUGUGAUGUUCCACGCUCUCUACAAAGGUGACAGAGAUCCUGUCGCCGGACAAGCUAGCGAGAAGAUGGCGCGCAAUAGACUACGCGUUUUGGCCGGAGGGAUUUCUCGUCUGCCGGCAGUGAUUCGCCGUCGACGUCUUGGCAUUCAAGUGUUCGCUCGGCAGUCGGUUAAUGUGCCUUUACCGAAAGUUGAAGCUCAAAACUCACGCUGUAUCUCGUGCACGAAAGGCAUCCGGCUCAGCUCGUUCAUGCGGUCCUCUCGUCGGUGCCAGCUCUGCGCGUACAACGUCUGCACGGCGUGUUGGACACGCGAGAGCGUGGAGACGAACAACGGACACGUCGCGGCCAUGGUCGUCUGUAUGCGCUGUCUCGAGUGGGUCGAUCGCUGUAAUUUCUCUCACGUGCGUCGUGGCCCGGUAGAGAUCGUCGAGGACCCGGAAUCGUUCCAGUCGCUGGGUCAAAGUCUACGCGAAGAACUGGCCAUUGAAACCACGAGAAACGCAGCCGUGUAUUUGAUCAGGAUGCUGCUUGAGUCGUCGGAUGCUUCUACUGAAAGCGCCUACAGCGACGAGAAUGCCGACAAUGACCAGUACAUGUCAGCUGUGGAGGAAUACUUCGAUCGCCGUACUCGUGAGGCGCCAGCUUCGAAAAAGUGUGUGCUGUCGAACGCCCAGCAACGCAACUAUCCACUGCACCCGAUGGACAGCGCGUCGCCGUCCGCCCCACUUCCAGAGAACGAAGUAGCUCGACUCGAGUGUAUCGAAAGAUUUGGCCUCAUGGACCUGAAGGAGCCGAUGCCGGAACUGGACAUCAUCUGCUCGUUCCUGAGCAAAGAGUUGGGAUUCUUCUGUACGAUGAUCACGAUCGUCGGCGAGACGCACCAGUUGGUUCUGAGCUGCACGAUUCGAGACUUCGUGCACGCCAUGUUGCCUCGCGAACACACCUUCUGCCAGCAUUUACUCAUGGGCGAUGCUCCGUUCAUCAUCCGCCACCCGGAGGCUGACGUCCGUUUCUACAAUCUGAACCCGGUGACGCGUCAAGGUGUGAAAUACUACUGCGGUAUCCCGAUCCUGGGUCCGGACGGGAUCAUGGUCGGCUCCAUUUGCUGUGUGCACAGUACCGCCAUGGAUAUCACGCGAUCGCAGUACGAUACGCUGGUUCGGUUUGGCGAGAUCGCUUCCAAAAUCAUUCGAGUCAAGGCCGAGGCGAAGCUUCAGAGCAAGUAG